GCGGCCCGGAGAGCGGCUGUAGCCGCCGCCGCCAGGAAGGAGGGGAGGUCGUGCCCAAGACCACCGGAGCCGCCGAAGUGCUAGCAGAGCCCCAAGGCGAGCAGGACAGCUGCUUGGGCUGGGCCGGGGCCGCAGGCCGCAGGCUUUUGCUCGGCUGCCGCUUGCAGACAGUGGGGCGUCCGAGCCACCCGCGACGCUAGGUGAGCCUCCGGCAGGGCGAGCAGUCCUCGCUGCAGCCGCCACCGCCGCCGCCGCCGCCCGAGCCGCGGGCAGGAGUCUCGGGAGCCGCCGCCGCGGCCAGGCUCCCGCCGCCGCCCGCGCCGCCCCUGGCCCCCUGACACACAUGAGAUUCUUCAGGCUCACUUUCAAGUGCUUCGUGGACUGCUUCUGACUGCGCCGCCCCCGCCGUCCCGCACCCCUCCCGCCCGCCCGUCGCCCCGUCCCCCGGCCCGGCCGCCCCCGAGGCCCCCGGGCGGGCCCGCGCUUUCGGGGCCCUUUCUCCAGGUGCCACCGGAGCCCCUUGCCCGCUCGCCACCCUCGAGACGCCGCGACCCCUGGCCUGGCCUCGAGGCCCCAGGGGCCAUGGCGAAGAAGAGCGCUGAAAACGGUAUCUAUAGCGUGUCUGGAGACGAGAAGAAGGGUCCUCUCAUCGUGUCCGGGCCCGACGGUGCCCCGUCCAAGGGCGAUGGCCCUGCGGGCCUGGGGGCGCCCAGCAGCCGCCUUGCUGUGCCGCCGCGAGAGACUUGGACACGCCAGAUGGACUUCAUCAUGUCGUGCGUGGGCUUCGCUGUGGGCCUCGGUAACGUGUGGCGCUUCCCCUACCUGUGCUACAAGAACGGCGGAGGUGUGUUCCUUAUUCCCUAUGUCCUGAUUGCCCUGGUUGGAGGAAUCCCCAUUUUCUUCCUGGAAAUCUCACUGGGCCAGUUCAUGAAGGCCGGCAGCAUCAAUGUCUGGAACAUCUGUCCCCUAUUCAAAGGUCUGGGCUAUGCCUCCAUGGUGAUUGUCUUCUACUGCAACACUUACUACAUCAUGGUGCUGGCCUGGGGCUUCUAUUACCUGGUCAAGUCCUUUACUACCACUUUGCCAUGGGCUACGUGUGGCCACACCUGGAACACUCCUGACUGUGUAGAGAUCUUUCGCCAUGAAGACUGUGCCAAUGCCAGCUUGGCCAACCUCACAUGUGACCAGCUUGCUGACCGACGGUCCCCUGUCAUCGAGUUCUGGGAGAACAAAGUCUUGAGGCUCUCCACAGGGCUGGAGGUUCCAGGAGCCCUCAACUGGGAAGUGACCCUGUGCCUGCUGGCCUGCUGGGUGCUGGUCUACUUCUGUGUGUGGAAGGGGGUCAAGUCAACAGGAAAGAUCGUGUACUUCACUGCUACAUUCCCCUACGUGGUCCUCGUUGUGCUGCUGGUGCGAGGGGUGCUGCUGCCUGGAGCCCUGGAUGGUAUCAUCUACUAUCUCAAGCCUGACUGGUCAAAGCUAGGGUCCCCUCAGGUAUGGAUAGAUGCUGGGACCCAGAUUUUCUUCUCUUAUGCCAUCGGCCUGGGGGCCCUCACAGCCCUAGGCAGCUACAAUCGCUUCAACAACAACUGCUACAAGGAUGCCAUCAUCCUGGCACUCAUCAACAGCGGGACCAGCUUCUUUGCUGGCUUUGUGGUCUUCUCCAUCCUGGGCUUCAUGGCCACAGAGCAGGGUGUGCAUAUCUCCAAGGUGGCAGAAUCAGGGCCUGGUCUAGCCUUCAUUGCCUACCCACGGGCUGUCACACUGAUGCCUGUGGCCCCACUCUGGGCUGCCUUGUUCUUCUUCAUGCUGCUGCUGCUCGGUCUGGACAGCCAGUUUGUAGGUGUGGAGGGCUUCAUCACUGGGCUCCUGGAUCUCCUCCCGGCCUCCUACUACUUCCGUUUUCAAAGGGAGAUCUCCGUGGCCCUCUGUUGUGCCCUCUGCUUUGUCAUCGAUCUCUCCAUGGUGACUGAUGGCGGGAUGUACGUCUUCCAGCUGUUUGACUACUACUCAGCUAGUGGCACUACCCUGCUUUGGCAAGCCUUUUGGGAGUGUGUGGUGGUGGCUUGGGUUUAUGGAGCUGACCGCUUCAUGGACGAUAUUGCCUGUAUGAUUGGGUACCGACCUUGCCCUUGGAUGAAAUGGUGCUGGUCCUUCUUCACCCCACUGGUCUGCAUGGGCAUCUUCAUCUUCAAUGUUGUGUACUACAAGCCACUGGUCUACAACAAUACCUACGUGUACCCAUGGUGGGGUGAAGCUAUGGGCUGGGCCUUUGCACUCUCUUCUAUGCUCUGUGUGCCCCUCCACCUCCUGGGCUGUCUCCUCAGGGCAAAAGGAACCAUGGCAGAGAGAUGGCAGCACCUGACCCAGCCUAUCUGGGGCCUCCAUCACUUGGAAUACAGAGCUCAGGAUGCAGAUGUCAGGGGCCUGACCACCCUGACUCCCGUGUCCGAGAGCAGCAAGGUCGUCGUGGUGGAGAGUGUCAUGUGACAGGCACCCCCAGCUCACAUCACCAGCUCAUCCUUUGGUAGCCAUAGCAGCCCCAGCUUUAGCCCCCACCCAUCCCUCGGGGGCUUGCCUUUCCUUGACAGUUUGGGGAUCUGCCUGGGGAAAGGGAGGAAGCACCAUGAGUGCUAACAAAAAACAACUUUUUUCCAUUUUUAAUAAAACGCUUAAAACAUCACAACCCACCAAAAUAGAUGCCUCUCCUCCCCACCCCACAACUACGCUGGUAUUUUUGUUGCUUCCAGUCCCCACCUCCUUUCCUUCUUCCCAGUGCCCAGGACCCAUCUCCUAGCCUUGCCAAGCCCAUCUGCCUGCCUCCCAAGCUCUGCUCUGUAACACACCUUUGCCCUAGAACCAACAGUGGCAGCUUGGGGAACAGGAGAGGAGGGAAAAUAACAGUAGGACAGGAGGGGAGGCAAGAGAGGGACAGUGGAACCAAGGUGAAUAUUUCAGCUCAAUUAGAACUCUUCCCGCCCCUAUUCUAGAAGCUAGAGAGCCAGUCAGCAAUGGAACCUUGUGUUCCUGCGCCAAUUGCCACCAAUAUUAAUUGUGUGAGCUUGGGUCUGAGUGCACGUCUGUCUCUGUCUGUCUCUGUGUGAUGUGUGUGUGAUUGUGUGUGAUUGUGUGUGUGUGUGUGUGUGUGUGUGUGUGUGUGUGUGUGUGUGUAGAUCUCUUAUCUCUUAGUGAAGGUGAAUACCAGAAGUAAACAGAGCCUCUGGGCAAAGGAGGCUUAUAUUUUGCACAUUUUAUAAGAAAAAAACUUGAGAGGAGACUUCUGCUUGUAUAUUUCUAAAAAGCCCCCACCAUCCCCACAUUUCCACUCCUUUCCUUGACAUCCCCACCUUCUCUGACCCUAGCCAAGGAGUGUGAAUUUAUAGACUUAAUUUUCAUAGGCAAAACAAAAGCUUCAGGCUGUUGAAUAUGUGAGUCUGUGUGGAUGUUCUGUAUGGUCUCCAGCCAGAGACUGGAGUAGGAAGGUGGGAGCCUCAAUGGUGUCCCCACACUGUUCCUUUGCCUCUAAGUCUGUGGGGUGGAAGGCUGUAACAUUAUCCCAGGGAAUCUGGGUCUGCUCACCUGACAUGCUCAGACUUGCCCACACCCAGCUCCCUGGGCUGGGCAUGAUUGCAGGGAUUUCCCAUGGACAUAGCCCAGGGAAGGGAUCCUGGGUAUGGCUUCCACUUCCAAGCUAAAGGCUGAUGUGCUUUCGACAUCUCAAGUCUUCCGUGUAGCAGCUUAAACCCACAUCUGUGUCCCAUCAAGCCUGAAACAGCCAAGUAGCCAUUAGAAAGGCUUUCUUCACACAGAGCUGGACUAAGCCAGGGAGGUGGGGCUGGGUAAGGGUGCAAGCCUUUGGGGACAUUCUUACUGUGCUAAAAAAGCCACUGCAAACAUAGCAAUAAAAAAUACUUCAUUUUCCAAA